GCAGCUGCGCUCUGAGCGCGCCGCCCCGCCAUUGGUCCAGUCGGCGUAUAAAAGCGUGCGGCGGCGGCGGCUGGGACACACCGUCCUUGUCGUCACCGUCGUCAUGGCCGUCCUCUGGAUCGUCUCCUGCUUGGCUCUGGUCGCCGCCGCCUACGGUUGCGGCACGCCCGCCGUCCCACCCGAGGUGACCGGCUACGCUCGCAUCGUCAACGGCGAGGAGGCCGUCCCGCAUUCGUGGCCCUGGCAGGUGUCCCUGCAGCAAUCCAACGGCUUCCACUUUUGCGGCGGCUCCCUGAUCAAUGAGAACUGGGUGGUGACCGCCGCCCACUGCAACGUCAGGACUUACCACCGCGUGGUGGCCGGCGAGCACGAUAAGGGUUACGGGUCCAACGAGGCGGUGCAGAUGCUGCGCCCCUCCAAGGUGUUCACGCACCCCAUGUGGAACCCGCGUACCAUCAACAACGACAUCGCCCUGAUCCGGCUGAGCACGCCGGCUCGCCUGGGCGCCAACGUGUCGCCCGUCUGCCUGGCCGAGGCCACCGACGACUUUGCCCCGGGAAGGACCUGCGUCACCUCCGGAUGGGGACUGACCAGAUACAACGCUCCCGGCACUCCCAACAAGCUCCAGCAGGCGGCGCUUCCCCUUUUGUCCAACGAGCAGUGCAAGCGUCACUGGGGCAGUAACAUCUCCGACGUGAUGAUCUGCGCCGGAGGCCAGGGCGCCACCUCCUGCAUGGGAGACUCGGGCGGUCCUCUUGUGUGCGAGAAAGACAACGCUUGGACCCUGGUGGGCAUCGUGUCCUGGGGAAGCAGCCGCUGCUCCACGUCCACGCCCGCCGUCUACGCCCGUGUCACCGAGCUGCGCGCCUGGGCCGACCAGAUCCUCGCCAGCAACUGAACGCGCAAAUGCCUCUGCUGCUGCCAAUAAAUCAAAUGUGCAUGGGA